AUGAAAGAAAAAAGUGCAAUCGAUGAAUUAACGAAGUUAGAAGAUUUCUGUGAAACACGAAAUGAUUGGUAUACAAGAGAAGAAAAAGAAAAGAAGAAAAAAGGCGGAAAGAGAACUCCUACACCAAAAGUCCAAGCUGAAGAAGGAUCAUCUUCUCAACCACAGAAGAAACGUAAAAAGAAAACGGUUGAAACAUUGCUGGUUGAUGAACCAGAAGAAGAUGAGACAGAAGCUAACGUUGAAAAAGAUCAAGAACAGUUAACUCCUAAAACUGAGCGAUUGUUGAAAGAUAUUGAUGAUACUUUAGAAGCUGAGAAAGCAGCUAGUAAAAAGGUAGUUGAUGAUGAAGAGAAGAGUUUAUCUGGUUCAGAAGAUGAUGUUGAUGCUGAAGUUGAUCGUUGGAUUAAAGAAAACUAUGAUCCAAGAGAUAGAGAAACACAAAAGAAGAGAAAGAGGAGUUCGGGUGACGAUGAUGAUGAAACCUAUGUUCCACCAGAGGAUGUUCAGGUUGUAACACCACCAUCUUCAGGAGAGAGUACAGUUCUUGAAAAGCUUGUUGAUUUUAGCUUUGUGAAUGAUGAUCUUGUGAAGGAGUUGCAAACGAAGGUGAAUGAGGUGUUAAAAAAGUCUCAAAGGGAUGAGCAGAAUGAAUACUUUAAGUUGAAAAAUAAAGAAUUAGAAGCCAAGAAUGCUAAAAAGGAACAUGAAGAGUAUAUGUUAAAGAAAGUGUUGGAAGAUUUGAUUGGUAAGCUGAUUGAGCAAAAGUUUGAAGAGAUAGAACUUGCGGAAGUUAGAGCAAGACGUGAAGCUGAAAUGGAAGCUGGAAUGAAAGAUAAGGGUAAAGGUGUUCCAGUUGAAGAUGAUGUUCAAGUGACUGAAAGAGAAAUUGUUCUGACUGAGCUGCAAAGAGUUUGGAAGAAAGUAACAUGA